AUGGCAAUAAACGCGAUUAAUUUAUCAAAUAAAUAUCCGACACUUCCAGUUACUGGAUCUCUUGCGGAUCUGUUAGUUUUGGAUAUGGAAAUAAUUUAUAGUUUUAUUAUGCUUUUAUGUGCAAUUAAUGCUUUAUUAUAUUUAUUUGUUUGGAUUGUCGUAAGGUGGUUUCAUUCAGGUUCGGAAAACUAA